AUGGAGAAAGUUAACAGCACUGCAGAGGGAGCUGGGAGGUGGGAUUGAGAGAAUGACUUUAAGGGGAAGGAUUGAACAGGGAGGAGAGGUUCAGAGAAGGGGGAGGUGAUGUCUGAUAGCCAAUGACAAACUUGGAAACAAAAUCUUUGGGAGGGUACGAUGGUUAAUCUUAACACAACACGGCCUUAACAUUUGGGAAUUUGGAAAAGAAAACGGGGGAAUAGCUGAAUGUGCAUGAAAAGCAACCCAAAGGUAUUUCCAAGCGAGCCUGAGGAGAUUAACUGACCCUGAAGGAAUGAGACAGUCAGGAAGGAGGAGACGAAGAAGCCGGCUCGCCUUUAACACAGGGACAUGUUUUCCGAAGUGAGUCUGCAUUAUUUAUGUGGCUGAGGGUUCUUGGUAUUCAGACGAACGAGAGAAGCACUGUGGCCCAUGGUGCUAAGAUCCAGAAGGAGCAAGUGACAGGAACAAGUGGAGGCUGCUGGAGGAGACAAAGGCUUAGAGCAGAGGUAGAAGGGAAAGGUGUGCAGGAUGAACGCCCUCCAGAAGAACCAGGGGCAGACGGACCGCAUCUUGGGCGCCAUGGCAGACAUGCUGACCUCAUUGGCCAUACCCAACCACCAAUGGAUUUCAGAGAUCAACAAAGAUGGCUGCUCGAUGGACGGAGAGAAGCAGGGAAUUGGACAGAUUGACUGGGGUCCCGUAGGAACAGCCUGGGAGGGAACGCCGCCAGACUGUCUGGAGCAGGCUGAGAAAACGGGAGCAGCAGAGUCAUACUCUGUGGCUGGCAGCGAGGGCAGCAUCUCCACCUCGGUGGCAUCACUGCCCCCCCAGGCCUCUGGAGGCUCUGCCCCCGGCUCUCCCGGUUCCCGCCGCUCCAUCAGCACCCUCAAGAAGUGGCUCACCAACCCAGUGCGCAAGCUGAGUGCCGGGCCUAGCAGCGGGGGCAGCAAGGGCGAGCGGACAGUAUGCCGAACCGAUGGUACAAAGCCCCCGCCUAGCUCGCAGACCCAGGACCUGGGCACCAUCCAUGGGCAGGAAGAUGGAAUGACGGUGCUCCCAACUGUGGAAUGGAGAGAUGAUCCAGGUCCUGGUCACCCUGAAGAUGGGAGCCCACCCACCUCACCGUCUCACGGCCUGCUGUCUGCACUGGCUGGCUGUGAGAAUGCACAAUGGACCAAUCUGCUACCUGAUGAAGAGGCUUCCUUGCUGACGGACGACUCCUCCAGUCUAUCAUUAGCUGUUGCAGAGAGUGAAGAGGAAAGGAAGAGUGCAUUGGAGAAAAGCAUGUACGUCUUGAAGGAGCUGGUUGAGACAGAGAAACUAUACGUGAUUGACCUAGGGCUUAUAGUGGAGGGUUACAUGGCCACCAUGAACGCCAAAGGGGUACCUGAGGACAUGAAAGGGAAGGACAAGAUUGUGUUUGGGAACAUCCACCAGAUCUUCGACUGGCAUAAAGACUACUUCCUGGGGGAGCUGGAGAAGUGUGUGGUGGAGCCGGAAAGGCUGGCUCAGCUCUUCAUCAAGCACGAGCGGCGCCUUCACAUGUACGUGGUGUACUGUCAGAACAAGCCCAAGUCAGAGCACAUAGUGUCUGAGUACAUCGAGACCUACUUUGAAGAUCUGAGACAACAGCUGGGCCAGAGGCUGCAGCUGAACGACCUUCUCAUCAAACCGGUGCAGAGAAUUAUGAAGUACCAACUACUGCUUAAGGAUUUUCUGAAGUACUCUACCAAGGCUGGAAUGGAUACUGCAGAGCUGGAGAAAGCAGUGGAGGUGAUGUGCUUUGUACCCAAGAGAUGCAACGACAUGAUGAAUGUUGGUCGGUUACAAGGAUUUGAGGGGAAGAUCACGGCUCAGGGAAAGCUGCUACAACAGGACACCUUCAUGGUCACGGAGCAAGACAGCGGUUUCUUGUCUCGCGCCAAGGAGAGACGCGUCUUCCUGUUUGAGCAGAUAGUCAUCUUCAGUGAACCGAUUGACCGGAAGAAGGGCUUCUCACUUCCAGGUUACAUCUUCAAGAAUAGCAUUAAAGUCAGCUGUCUGGGGGUGGAACACUGCCCGGAUGGGGACCCCACGCGCUUUGUGCUGACGUCUCGUGGAGCGGAUGGCAACGCGGUUCGCUUCGUCCUGCAGGCCGUUACCCCCGAAAUCCGCAGGGCCUGGGUGAAUGACAUUGUCCAGAUACUGGAGACCCAGCGUAACUUCCUGAAUGCCCUGCAGUCACCGAUCGAGUACCAGCGCCUGGAGAAGAAGACCAGCAGCCUGGGCCGGGCCAUGCGGGACCCGAUGGCCGCUGCCGCCGCCCUUCGCCCCCACUCCUCCGCCUCCAUUGACAGACAGCGCUUUCCCAGCUUGCGGUCCUACAAUGCAUCACUGCCAUCCCUCUAUUUAUCCAGCCACAGACACUCAGAUGUGCAGGAGAUUGAGAAGUGUCGUCCACUAGCAUCCCAGCAAAGCCACGGACAUUCAAAGCGCCAGUGCCUUCCUGCACAGCAGCAAGAGCAGUGACCAAGGAAAGGUGACCAGAGAGUCCCAAAAAGAAAAGUAGAGUUUCGCAUAACCACUGCCCCUGCACUUUAGUGAGGAUGUGACCAGGUUGUUGCAGGACACCCUGUGAGCUCUGUGGGGACCCAUUCCACAACAGCUUACAUACCACAUCUUGGACAGAUUACAGGAGAUCUUGUGCCCUUAUUAUCAUGUAAUGAUGUUGUUUUCAGAUUUUUCAGACCUUACUUAUUUCCUGACAUUCUGGCAAGAGUGAUCCGUAAUGGUGAAGCCAGUCCUCAUGGUUUGUGUUAUUUUUUUUUUUAAUUUUUAGCACAGCCAUCUGGUGCUUUUCUACAGUUUUUGUUUCUCUCCAUCUGUUUUAAAUGGGCAUCAUGAAUUGCUGAUGGAAAAUCUCAUAUCGAAAUGGGGAUGUCAUUAUACAGGGGGAUCUGUGCAUGCAUGUGGGUGGGUGUUUCGUGGGUAAUGGAAAGACAUGUAGCACAAAAUUGCAGCCACACUAUUAGCGAACACUCUUCAGACUCAGAUCUGCGAUGCCAAUACUGUCAUCAUAUGGACCGGCGAAAACUCUCUCUGCAUUUGGUGACAAAGACAAUGCGUUUAUUGGAACUCACAUUUGUAAUAUAUUAAUGAUUUUGGGAUUUUUGUUUUUUGGGAAAAGGCAGUUGGUUGAAUCUUUUUCCUCCAUUGCCAUCAUGAAUUAAGCUCGAGCAUGGAUCCAUUUGGAGAAAAGGGGGCUCCGGUGAGAUCGAGAUGGAAGAGCUGGUGGUCCGUAGGCUAGAGGCCCCCCUCAGAGCUCCCCUGAACCAUUGCAUCACAGAAACACACGUGCCCACUGGGAACUUUCACCCAAAGUCUGGAAGACAGGAGGUCAUGUGUUUUCAGUUUGACCAUGAAUUCUUUCUCUCAUGAUUUUUGUUUGUAAUAAAACUGGUGAGAUAAACAGGCAGGCAGGUACACUCCUUGGUCACAUGAUGCUGAUCAGUCUUCAGUUUCAACAUCAAACGGCCUUCUAUAAGCUCAAAGUCGUGGCAUUUUUGUAGCUUUUAGGACCGAAGUAUUAAAUAUAUUUAUGCCAAAUUAGUCUUUUGAUCCACUCACAUUUAGAAAAAAAUGAGUCUUUUUCAACGACUUUUUGUUGUUCAGGUUUGAAAUUCAGUAGCAAAUCAUUUCAUGUCUUGUAGUAAACUGUGGUAAAACAAAUAUCGAAAAACUAAGUCUCUGAAUUUGCUACAUAGGUGCUUAAACACAACACAAAUUUCAUGCCAUUACUUCCUAUAAGUAUUUUUUUCUGUUGAGAAACUAGAGUGUAGGUGGCAGUUGCUAUCAAUUUAUGCAUAAAGUAUACAGAAAUUCCUGUGAUUCACUUGGUGAUAUAUACAGGCAGGAAAAUGGAAUAGUACUUUUGAAUUCAUGUGGCAUAAUCAUUUUCAAAGGGAAACAAGUACCAAAUAUUUUCUUGCGCAUACUCAUUUUGUAUUUUUAUGGUAAACCAUUGAUUAUAGAUGAAAAGAAGCAAAAAAUAUUUUUGACUGUGUAGGAAUGUCCAGAAACAUGUUAUUUUUAUGGAAUUUGAAUUGUACUAAAAGUAUGCCUGAAUUCCAAGGAUCUGAAAAUGUACCAAAGCCCAAUUUUCACAAAACAUAUACAGUAUACAGUUUACUAAGUGAACGGAAAGAUGAAACUCAGUGGAAAAGUUCUCCAAACUUAAUUCACGUGAUUGUGGGCAUGCAGUUUGUUUCAGGACCACCACUGGAAGCUUCACCAAUCUGACACUCAUUUUCCAUUUAAUUAAUAUAAAACGUUUUCUGAUUACUGACAAUCAUAUCUUGACCUGGAGGUAAACUAUAUGUUAACUGCUUAAGAUUUUAAUUUGUAAAUACAUUUUUAUUGUUGUUUGGCCAUAUAAAGAUCUUUUGGUCUUAAAAUAGCUCUAUGAAACCUUGUGGGGCAUGCAGUUGUACCCUUCAGCAGGGUACUUAACCUGAAUUACUUUAAUGAGUAUCUGGCUGUCACCAUGACGCUGUACUGGAUAAGUGCUGUAUCAGAUGCACGGACGCAGUAUGCCACUGUGUAAAAGGAUAAUGUAUAAAAAAUGGGGUGCGUUGCUUUUAAUUAAAAUGUCUGUUAACUAAAUAAAAAACAAUACAUUUACGUUUA